AUGUGCCCAGAAUAAAAACAAACAUCAUCGCGGAAUAUACGGAGAGUGUUUAUAAGCUUUGUGGACUUCGUUGUGCAGGAAACCGUUUCUGUGCUGCAAUUAACUUCAAGGAUGGAGUUGAAGAGAAAGAACACAAUUGCCAAUUAACUAACACUACUCAACCAAAAUUUGACGAAAAUUCCAGGGGAAAAGAGAAAGUUUGGACGUUGAGAAGUGUUGAUGUAGACAGAAGCAUGAUG